AUGUGUGGUCGUUGCUUGACCAAACAAGGAGUCCACAUCGAUAAAGAUUUUCUUCAAGAAGCAAAUGCAAGAAGACGAAGUGAGGCAGCGGAAAUAAGACAAAGUACUAUUCUUACUCUUAAAAUAUUAGAACAAGCGAAUGUGUUUGUGAAGGAAGAAAAGAGGAAUAAUAGAGAGAGAAGGAGAAGAAGGAAUACCAGGGGUGGGAUGGCUGAUAGAGGGAAGAUUGGUAAGCAAAGAAAAUGUGUAGUUAUGUGA